CAAACAGUGCUAAGGGAGAGUUAGUAAACGACAACACUUUAUUUUUCUACGUAUCUGAUCAUAAAGUGUCGAAAGAAAGUCGUCGUGGAAAUUUUCACGAAUCGAGAUUUCAGCAGUAAAUAAAUUCUGAAAUAUGUUUCGCCUUUUGGUGAUAGUGACGGUGCUCUUUAUGAUGACUAGCGCGCAAUUGUAUAGAAACAAGAUGAAUUUCCUUCCAAAAUUUUCGAGAAAAGUUGACACCCAGUUGCAACGAGUUUCUUUGCGUUAGGUCAUAAUCUUCCUUCAGUACGUUUGACCAAUUUCAAAAACGUACAUUAUUAUGGCACUAUUAGUAUUGGAAUGCCACCGCAAGACUUUGAAGUUGUAUUUGAUACUGGUUCUGCAAAUUGGGUAAUUUGGGUAUUUUCCAGAAAUUGCCCAACUUCUAUUUGUGACAUACGUCAUCUAUAUAAUAAUAUGUACUCCUACACAUAUGUACCAAAUAAUACUCAUUGUCAGAUUGAUAUAGAAUACUUCGAUUAUAAAAUAAAUGGAUUCCUAUCUACUGAUAAUGUGAAAAUAGCCAAUCUCCUUGUAAAGAAACAAACAUUUGCAGAAGUAGUAAACAUAUCAGACGUAAAUAUAAUAUUUAAUUUAUAUAUAAGUGUAUUUGACACAGAAAUAUUUCAUGGUCUCUUGGGCCUAAGUUAUUCCAAUAUAUCUGAGGCUGAAAUAACGCCUGUUUUCGACAACAUGAUUCAACAAGGCCUAGUGUCAUCACGCAUUUUUAGUUUUUAUCUAAAUAGAGACACUUCAGCCGAUUUAGGUGGUAAAAUGAUAUUUGGUGGUUCCGAUCCUGCUUAUUACGAAGGGGAUUUUACAUAUAUUCCUGUUACUAACAAAGGAUACUGGCAAUUCACCAUUGAUAGUAUCCAAAUAAAUGAUUAUAUUUGGUGUGAGAAAAGCUGCCAAGCUAUCGUUGAUACAAAUGCUUGGAAAAUAAUUGGACCAGCAAAGGAUGUUUCAUUUAUGAAUCGAUUUAUUGGAAUUGAUCCACGAAGAGUGGAUUGCGAUCAAAAUCUUCGAUUGCCUACAAUCAGGUUUAUUUUGGGUGGUAAGGCAUUCGAUCUUACCGGUAAAGAUUACAUCAUUCGGCAUCCAAAAGAUGAAAAUAUAUGUGUAACUGUCUUCUGGAAACACGACCCAACAUACGACGAUGAAAUAGAAUGGAUUCUGGGAAUGCCAUUUAUUGGCCGUUACUACACCGAGUUUGAUAUGGAGAAAAACCGAGUGGGAUUUGCUUUGGCGAAAAAUGUAUAGAAUUUAUCAAAAUGUAUAGAAAAUGUUUCAUUAUUACCUUUUAUUGUAUACUUUAUCAUCAUUUUUUAAAUUAUUUAUUUAGAUUUCGAAAAAAAAAUUUAAUCUUUUUUAAUCGCCAACCGACAAAGUUUACAUACUAUCAAAGUGAAUUUUUGCGUAAUAUCUACUGCGCUUUAAUUUUCAACAGCAAUACUUUAUCGUGAAAGCAACUGAUAUGAGCUUAUUGUUAACUAGAAUGCGAAUUUUUGCGAGGAGUGUUAUUUGCUAAGUUCAAUGUUGCAUGGCCGUCUAGUCGAUAUAAUUAAUCCAUUCUUUCGAAAAGCUGAUUUCUACUUCAUUAUCAUUCUUAAUCACGUGCAUAUUUAAUAAUUUAAUACAAAUUGUUUUAAUUAUAAAACAAAUUAAAUAAAAUAUUUUUAAAUUUGAUUGAUCGAUAGAACGGAUCGAUGAGACGGAUAUGUUUCGAAUGCGAGCGAUUGUAUAUAUAACAGUCGUCAAAUGUCGAUAAAUGGUAGCUCUAGUAAUCUAGUACAAUUUCUUUUUUGUAUGUCGCAACGUACAGAAAAAAAUUUACUGGAAAUUUCGAAAACAUGUUCCGCUUUCUCGUGAUGACUGUGAUGCUGAUCGACGCGAAAAUCCAAAACUAAAUUCAUACAUUGUAGUGUAUGUUUACGUUACAUAUCAGUAUAAUAAAUAUUGAAUUUAUAAAAAUUGAUCUAUCUCGUCGUGAUCACAUUCGAUUUUCUGAAAUUCAAAGCUUAUGUAAAUGUGAUUGCAUACAUAAAACGAUAAAUCCUAAAUAAAAAGUUAUUCGUGCAGUGUAAUAAAAGUUUUCG